AUGGCUGACCCACCACCGACGUCGAUCCCGAGAGGCUUUGCGCAGCUGCCACCGGCCUUUCUACCAGCGUACCGCCGCCUCCAGAUCGUCAAUGCGGUCGGGUAUGCCAUCCUCGCGCUCGUCUGCGCCGCGCUCAUCGUGCAUCUGCGGCGGCACCGCGCGACCGCGUACUCGGGCGACGACGGCGCGACGCGCAAGCUCAUUUUGCCGUCGUUCGAGCCGCUGCUGCGGACGAUCGCCAUCGCCUCGCUCGUGCUUGGCCUCUACUUUACCGUCGUCGCCAUGGUCAACUUUACCGGCGCGCUCGGGUCCGGCGUCGCGCUCCAAGCGCUCUUCCAAGGCCGGCAGGCGCUCAACCACUUUAUCGUGCUCUUCUUCCGCCAGCCAAGCGUGUCGAAGCGGGCGCUGCGGCGCGCGGGCGCGGGCGCGCUCGGCCUCAUGGCGCCGCCGCUGACGAUGGCGACCAUCUUUACGCUUCUCGACACGGAAAACACGACGCGGUUCAUUGCGCAGACCGUCUACUCUGGCCUCCUCGCGUGCGGCUACGUGUACAUUGCGAUCUUCCCGCUCUCGCGCGCGUCGCCGCGAGUGUGGCGCGAGUUUGCCGGCUUCGUUUUGGUCUAUUACACCGCGCUCGGGAUCCAGUCGUACCUCUUCUUUCGCGAAAACAUGGGCGUCGGCGCCACCUUCUUGGUUGGGAUGCUCGUGUGGGACACGCUUCUGCCCUACUUUCUAUGGCGGCUCCUCCGCGCCGACACGGAGCACUGGCGCGGCCUCGGGCAGCGCGCGGUCUCGCUGAGUAGUGCUGCGCAAGAGCGCAUGACGACGCCCGUGCUCCACGAAGCCGUCUCGAGCGAGGGCCUCCACGUGCUUUUAGAGCUCCACGAGCACCACGUUGUGGACUUUGCCCAUCUCAAGGUCGACGACUGCCUCGGCGGCGGCUUGGCGUCCUCCGUGCACCGGGGCAUCCUCUAUGCCAAGUGGCCGGUCGCGAUCAAGGUGUUUACGCCGCCCGAGAUCUCGCCAGCGACGAUCGCAGAAUUCUCCCACGAGGCCGCGCUCUGGGCCGCGCUGCAGCACCCGAAUGUGGUCGCAUUCUAUGGGAUUUGCGUCUCGCCGCCGGCCAUUUGCCUCGUGUCCGAGCUCUGCGUCGUCGGGACCCUCGGCGACGUUGUGCGUGCGCCGCCGCCGGUGUACCGCGAGCCGCUCUGGCCGCAGCUGUGUCUGAUGCUGGACGCGGCCCGCGCGGUGGCGUACCUCCAUAGCUUCACGCCACCCUUUCUCCACCGCGACCUGAAGCCCUCGAGCUUCCUCUUGAACGAAGAUUAUGUGCUCAAGCUCUCGGACUUUGGCGACGCGCGGAGCACCGCGGGGCGCGAGCGCAGCAUGACGGUGCGCGGCACGUUCGACUACAUGGCGCCCGAGGUCAUCGACGGCGCGAUGGGCCGCGCGUCGUACGAUGACCGCGCCGAUGUCUUUAGCUUGGCGAUCACGCUCUGGGACAUCUGCCACCCGGGGCGCGACAAGUACCCGCUCGGGCACCACAACCAUUUCCGCGUCUUUGAGCUCGUGCUGGACGGCCACCGGCCACCGAUAGACGCGAAUUUGCACCCGGCGCUGGCCGAUCUUCUCGAGAGCGCGUGGUGUCCAUCGCCUGCUUACCGCAUCUCGGCGUCGAAUAUCGUUGCGCGCCUCGAGCAGCUCCAAGCGGCAAUGAGUGCAGCGGUGUUCGCGCCGCAGCUGUGCGCGCCGCCGGUCGUCGAGGUGACGGGCGAUGCGCUUGUCCGCCGAGUUCUCGACGGUCCGUUUGCCUUCUCAGCGGCCGAGGCAACCCGUCUCUGCAACGGCCUCAUGGACGGCGGUGUGCUCCACCACUACAACCACAAGAAGCCUUUCUUCGACAACCACUCGAGCAUCUACCACUUCUCGACGCGAGCGCAGAUGGACUUUGGCUCGAGCGAAGCGAAGGCGACGGUUGAGCACACAAGUUGCUCUCGAUGA